AUGUCGACUACCGAAAACAACACCCAGUCAUUAGACUUAGACGACAAGAAAUGUCACCUUCUCGAGCUGCCAGCUGAGCUUCGCCUCGAGAUCUACGAGCAGGUCUUUCCGCUCGAGGAGCCAGAGAUUCGCCUGUACGACCGCAAUCCAGCUCUCCUCUACACGUGCUUCGAAAUCUACGAAGAAGCACUCGCCGUCUACGAAAAGCAUCUCAACGCAGUCACCGACCACGCCAAAAGGGAACUCGACAUUGGGCAGAAAGCUGUGGAGACUGUGCUAGAGGCAUACCCAGGCUUGGGCAUUUACAUCCCGACAUUCGAGACUGAGCUCGCAAAGUUGUGUGCAGACGGAUGGGCACGUAUUGACACGGCUCAAUCAGUUUCGGAGGCGAAUGUUACUCGGUGGGAGAAACUCGGCGUAUGCAGUAUCAGAGGAAUGGUUAGCCAGGAACGGGUGGAGGAGGGCAAGAGGAAGGCAGGGGCUGCACUGCUAAAUGACAGAUCCUAG